AAAAGUGCAUAUAUAAACGAAAAUGAUGCUUCUAAAUUGUCCUAUAUAUCAACAAACUAUUCAAAUUUAACCGAAUGCAUUGAAAACACUCGAGUAGCUUUUAUGCCGCGUCAAUUGAUUCCAGGAAAUCACUCUCUUCAUACAAUCUUUCGUAAUCCUCCAUAUAAAGACAUAGUAAAACCUUACUGCGAUGGUUUAUGGAUGGAAUUUGGUGUGUUUCGUGGUGGUAGCAUAUCUCAUAUUGCGAAAUGGAAAACUACAUUUUGUGGUAACAAAAGUGAGCGAGUCUAUGGAUUUGAUACGUUUAGUGGUUUACCGACGGAUUGGAGACCUGGAUUUGGUCGUGGAACCUUUCAUUUUUCCUAA